AUGCCGGACACGGGCUCGUCGACUGCGGCCUGUGUGGUGCCUGUCCAGCGGAAGAGCAGACAUUGUCGCCUUCACUACCACGCGAAGCCAACAGUGGCAGAGGUGGAAAGCCUCCACCUGGCUGUGGACGUACUCAUGGAGGAGCUGUCAGCGACCCCGGAGACCACCUACUGGGACUCCAAGGCGGCAUUUCUCAGCCUAAAGAGACCAGAAGGGGCCAGCCUUGGGGUCGCCCUGCUCUCGACCAGGCCAAGGGCGCUCCAGGAGGCGGGCUGCUCGGUGUCCCUGCACUGGCUUCCAGCCCACGUGGGGAUACCGGGCAACGAGGAGGACGAUGCACUGGCAAAGCGUGUCCACCACUGCGUGGUCCCGCCCAGCCUGCGAACAGCUAGUGACUUCACAAGCCACAGGCUGCGACGUCAUCUGCUGGCCUGCCAUCCGGACAAGCGGAUGCCCUUGGGCCGCCCUCCACGACCACUCCCACAGCGUGGCCUCGCACGCAGGGAGACCUCCCUCCUGCUUCGACUGAGGAUUGGUUGCUGCUGGAUGGGGGCUUGCCGCCACCGGCACGGCGUCAUCGCCUCUCCAGCCUGCGCUUCCUGUGGGGAGCCCGAGACCCUGAAGCACCUCUUGCUGGCCUGCCCUGCUUACCUGCAGCAUCGUGGCCGCCUCCUGCAGGAGUUCCGACGCCUGGGGCUUCCUUCUGGACAGGAGGAAGACAUCCUCGAAUUCCCUGGUCGCAACGAGCUGCCAGCCCUCCUAAGUGUCGUCGAGUACCUCGACUCGUCGGGGCUUUCGGAGAGACUCUAUAGGACUUUCUGCAAAGACCGAUACCCUCACGGUUAUCCAACCCACUCACGGCUUCCUGACCUGCCCUAA